AGAAUCAAGAAUCAAAGGAAAGUCAGCAUCACCAGUCAGCAGCAAAUAAGAUGAAUACGAGUUCACAUGAGCAGAAUGAAGAAAAUUCUCCACAGCUGGAAAAAGACAAUCAAGAAUCAAAGGAAAGUCAGCAUCACCAGUCAGCAACGAAAAAGAUGAAUUUGAGUUUACAGGAGCAGAAUGGAGGAAAUUGUCCACAGUCGGAAAAAGAGAAUCAAGAAUCAGAAGACAGUCAGCAUCACCAGUCAGCAGCGAAUAAGAUGGAUUCGAGCUCACAGGAGCAGAAUGGAGGAAAUUGUCCACAGUCGGAAAAAGAGAAUCAAGAAUCAAAGGACAGUCAGCAUCACCAGUCAUCAGCGAAUAAGAUGAAUUCGAGUUUACAGGAGCAGAAUGGAGGAAAUUCUCCACAGUCGGAAAAAGAGAAUCAAGAAUCAAAGUACAGUCAGCAUCACCAGUCAGCAACGAAUAAGAUGGAUUCCAGCUCACAGGAGCAGAAUGAAGGAAAUUCUCCAAAGUCGGAAAAAGAGAAUCAAGAAUUAAAGGACAGUCAGCAUCACCAGUCAGCAGUGAAUAAGAUGAAUACGAGCUCACAGGAGACACUGAGAGAGUUUUUGUCAUCUUCAAGGGAUAAGGGAGGAAUGGUUAUGCAUUCAAAAACUGUAAAUAUUUGUACACAAGCUUAUCUGAAGGAAAUAAACAGGGAUCUUCAAGUGACAUUGUCUCCCCAGAAAUGCAGCAGAUGGGAUCAUGUUCCUAGUCCAUCCGACUGGAGACACAAACAUGUCUGAUGUGGAUGUUCCCUGCAGAGACAGUUUGUAGAAGUGGACAUUUAUAAAUAAAUAUUAAUUGUUCAGAUUUCUUGCUUAGAUUUAAUUUGUAAACUAGUCUAUUGGUUGUACCCCACAAUGCAAAUAUACAGUAAGGCAAAAAUGCAACUAAUACUGUCCAGCCAGUUAUUACAGUAUACACCCCUUCAAUGUGAUAGAAAACUCUUCCGUUUUGCACCGGUGUCCUGAUCAGCCUUUGUCAGGGUUUACUAUAUGUUAAAGAAACAAGUUGCUCAAUACAGUAACCCUUACAUAUUUUACUGAGAUAUUGUGCAAUGGUUAGGGAUAUUAUUAGCUCUUUGGUGAUAUGUAAGUGUCUAAGUAAACGUGUGCAAAUAAGUAAUAGCCUCAUUAACAAUUAUUAAACAGGUGAAGUUAAUGCCUAAAAUAUUAAAUGAGUGCAAUGUAUGUAAUGACAAAUGAAAAGGAUUCAGAUUUAUCAUUUUAGUUGAUAUGUACUAAUAAACACAUCUCAAUGACAAAUUAAAGAAAUAUCCAAAGGAAUAAAUUAAGUGUUUGCAA